GAACCACUACGCCGCUCUCAACAACCUGCGCUAACCAUAUGCGUGUGGAUCGGAAUGUCUUCAGGGUUCGUCAGUGGUGGCAAUGCCGGGGAGGAAGUGCAACGCGACGAUGAGUGGAAAAGAGCGCAGCAGGAGAUUGAAGACGCCAGACGUGUCAAAGCCGAGCUAGCAAAGCAGCACGACGGCAAGAGUCUGUACGAAGUCUUGCAGGCCAACAAAGACAAGAAGCAAGCCGAGUUUGAGGAAAAAGCACGCUACAAGCUCCAUGUCGCCCUUGACGACGAGGAAGCCGACUACCUGGACUCAAUUCUUGAGAAGAAGCGCCUGGAAGAAGCCAACGUCAAGAAAGAAACUACUGAGCAGCUGGAUCUAUUCCGAAGGCAGCGUGAAGCGGCAGAGAGAAAGGCGCGUGGACUUGAAGAGGAGAGUGCAGAGCCGACACAGGAGCAUGGUGCCGAACAGUGGGCAGCUGCUGGCAAGAAGAGGAAGAAAGGACCUGAAGCCGGACUCCUCAAGGGCGUGAAGCUGAGGAAAUCAAGUUCCAUCCCAGAGGAGCAGAAGCCUGUUGAAAAAUUACAGUCGACGGCCGAGACAACUCAGCAAAAAACGAUGAACAUUCCUUCCCAGGCGAAUGCUAACGCCAAUACGACAAGUUCUGCAAAACCACCUGUCGCCAAUGUACAGUCCUCAACAAAUGCAUCUGCGUCCAAGACAGGAAACACACUUUCACUUGGAUUAGGCUACACCUCUUCUGAUGAUGAGGACUAAUUCCUCUGUCGGCUGUGCUCUAAGUUUGAGCUUCUGAUGUUAGCGGGAUUAAGAGCUCAUUCCAACCGUUCUAUAUAUAGUUGCUACGUUUCUGAUGCCGCCCUUUUGAGAACUAUGUAUCUGAUAAUGGAGAAUCAAGCCAAGAAGAGAAUGUGGCUGUCAGGAAGAACUCAUAUCACACGCCAACGCCCUCUGAAUGCCAGAUCGGGAUUGAUAAGAAUGUAUUCAAGUUAAAAUGCAGUUGGUUUACGCAAAGGCAGCUAGAUGGGUAAUAGCCCGGCUAAAGUGUGUGCUUCGUGCGUAUUUCCAUGACGCUGAUGCGGCUCAUGGAAGCAAUUUCCAGGAACGAAUGUUUCUCUCGUGUACUUAUCAUUAGACUCUGGUAGAUCUACUUGGUAUCUGGAAAAUUCACAACAAUCAGGC